AUGCCACUAGAAGCGACGAUGCUGAUCAUCGACAACUCGGAGUACAUGCGCAACGGUGACUACAUGCCAACGCGGUUCGAUGCGCAGGCGGACGCGGUCAACAUCGUCUUUCAAACCAAAUUCGAUGCGAAUCCUGAGAGCACAGUAGGCAUUAUGACUAUGGCUGGCAAAGGGCGAGUUUUGGUUUUUGUAUUCCCUGAAGUACUGGUAACACACACACGCGACCACGGGCCCAUCCUCAAUGGCGUUCUCGCCGCUCGCACGAAAUCCGGUGGCCUCCCCUCGCUCCCUACCGCACUUUCCGUCGCCCAAUUGGCACUCAAACACCGAGAGAACAAGAACUUGCGCCAGCGCAUCGUGGUGUUCGUCGGCUCACCUGUGGACACAGACGAGGCGGAGAUGGUACGUCUUGCAAAGAAGCUGAAGAAGAAUAAUGUGGCGGUGGAUGUGGUUGCGUUUGGGGAUGGGCUAGAGGAGGGUGCGCCUGCAAGGGUGUUGAGGGCGUUUGUGGAUAAUGUGAAUAGUGGUGAUAACUCGCAUUUGGUGACGGUCGCUCCUGGGACACAUCUCCUCUCGGACGCACUCAUCGCGUCGCCGAUUCUCUCUGCGGACAGGAGCGCCUCGCUGCCCGAGGAGCUGGGUGGCACCGGGGCCCCUGCUGCUGGCGGAUCGAGCGCGGCGAAUGACUUUGAGUUUGGCGUUGACCCCAGUCUUGACCCCGAGCUGGCGAUGGCUUUGCGGAUGUCGAUGCAGGAGGCGCAGGCGAGGGAGGCGGCGAGCGCGGCUGCGGCUGCGGCUGAGUCGUCUGCGUCGUCGGGAGCGACUGCAUCUGCUGAGACGGCUGCUCCUGCCACGAUAAGUGUACCUGCUGAGCCUACGGAUGACGAAGAAGAGGCACUUUUGCAGCAAGCGCUGGCAAUGUCGAAAGAAGAACACAAUGCAACAGAAGACGCGGACGGUGACGUGGAGAUGGACGACGACGACGAAGAAGACGAUGAUGAUGAGGAAGAUGAGGACGAGGAUGGCGAGGAGGACGAAGAAGAAGACGAGGAUGCGGCGAUUGCUCGCGCGAUUGAGAUGAGCAUGCAGACACAGGAGGAGGAGAAAGGGAAGACUGCGCCGAAGAAGAAGUAA